AGGAAUGCUAGAAAGGGAGGAAGCAAACGGGGUAUGCUGUGGCAACUGACGACCAACUAGAUCUUCGUCCUCAAAACACAGCAUCUCUCUUUCCCGAAACACAAGAAAUUAAACCUUGAAAAUGAAUGUGGGCAACUUUUUGCUAAUUAAAUUCCUGCUGACCGUCUCCUUUGGCCUGAACGGUGCUGUGGCUUGUGAUAAUGUGGUUUAUGGUGUUCUUAAUCAUUCAGUUCAUCUGUGCGCUUCUGUCCCACAAGGCAUACCACGUAAUGUAUACUGGAAGAGGGGCGCAAAACCCCUUGUACGUUUCAAAUCUCAUGGUGGUUCAAACAAGACUCGGGCUGAGAGGAACUACUUAUUUCCUAAUGGAACCUUGAAAAUUGAAAGAUUGGUGGAGGGUGAUGCUGCAAAUUACACAGUGCAGAUAUUCGAUGAAGACGGGAUUUUAAAAUCAGAAAACACAAUUACUUUGCAUAUUGUGGAACAGUUACCUCAACUGCAGCUCACGUAUGAAUGUCUCAAGAAAAUGCUGACUUGUGAGGUGAAAUACAAUAAGAAGCCAAUGCCCACCUUUAAAUUGUUUCAAGAAAAGGAAGAGCAGAAGAACAUUCCAAAACCCAAAUAUGUUAAUAAUGCCUGGAAAGUAACACAUCCACUAAAAAACUCUCUUGGGAAAAGCCGUUGCGAGGCUUCCAUUAGCACCAACCUGCAAAAAGCUGAGAUACAACUCAGCUGCUCAGGUGAAAUAGACAUGUUUCUUAUCAUGUACAUUGGAGCAGGUGUUGUUGUUAUUGUCAUCUUUGUGGCCCUACUUGUAUGUUGCAUCAGAAAGAAGAAAACCAGAAGACGUGAACUGGAAGAUGAAGAAAGACAACUGCAGGCUGCAAAAGAAGCACUGAAAUAUCGGAAACUUCCCCAGCCUCCAAUUCAUGCUGCACCGAGUGAGCCACAUCAUCAGCAAAGGCAGCCACAACCACCACCUCAUGCUGCAGUGCAGCAACAGCCAGCCCCGCCCCUGCCCAGGCCUCGUCCUCAACAGAAGCCACCACGGCGCAUGAAGGAAAAGCUGUAAACACACAGAUGCUGUUGGAUGCUGUCCCGUUUCCUGUGCUGGCAAAAACUUGACGGCCAAUUACAAGAUUUCCACUUUUGCAGCACGGUUUCCAUUAAAUCAACUGUUCCAUGGAUCGGCUUAUAUCCAUCAGCCUAAGGAGAAACUCAGUGACAUCAAUAAAAAAACCAGCAGUGGUCCAUUCUUGUCUUGAUAGUUAAUCCACAAUAUGGACAAUGAGCUCUGGGUCUGAUUUCCUCUUCCACAUAAUUUUGAUAUAGUUUACCUUUUGCCAUCUUCUGAUAGAAUAUGUUGUAUCUGCUUCCUUUUACCUCUGAACUGAUCCAUUUGCCAUACCCAUGUUUCGGAGGCAGGGAGGAACAUGUCCGUUUUCCAGUUUCAAGGAUGUUUCAUUCAGAAUGUAUUCCCAUGUGUUUCUCAUAUAGUGUGCACAAUAUGCAGCAUCAGAGGACAGAUGAAACUGGACAGCUUUAAGGCAAGGAAGGACAAUGAGUAAGCAAAGUUAGGAUCACCUUAGAAGUCUUGUUGAUUUUAAUAGGAAUUGGGCAUGACUUAAUGGCUGUAUCUCUGUACAGUAGACCCUUGCCAUUCAUGACUUGAAAUCUCACUUAUUCACAGUUUGCAGCCCGAUCAUGUAAAACAAUCUUCAGUCUGUUUUUACUCCCACUGUUCCAUCAUUAUAAUCAAUAAUCAUUUAUCCAUUAAUGCCAGGAGGCAGUCAGGAUCUGAUUUUCCAAUUCACAGUGAUUCUAGAAGUGGAUCCCCCAUGAGUGGUAAGGUAUUCUUUCUCUCUAAUGGCAGCACUUAUCCAUCCCUAUAGAAAAACACAGUUUAGCUGUGCACCAGGUCAUGUGUGCUGAUCACGAUCUGGCCACAGUUCUAUUGUGGCAAUUACCGUUCAUGAACCAUAGCCCACUUCAUCAGAUGCAACAGAAUGGGUUCUUGUCCACAACAGCUUUUGCUACAAUAUCCUAGUUAAUCUACAGAUUCCUAGUAGAUUUCUGGAAUUCAUGGUUCUGAGGGCUGGCUAUAUCAGAUUGCUCUGCUUUCAUCCUUAUUUUCCAGUUUGGAGGCAUUUGCCAAUACGAAGGAUCUUGAAUGCCAGACUUGAGAAUGAACCCCGGACACUGCUGGGGGUUCCUUGGAGGGGGGGCGGGGGCGGGAUCCUGCUACCAUUUUCAGAGAGCCCUGAUCCUGCACCCACACUCUGAUUCUUGGCCAGCAAUUUGGUAUUGUGGAGAAAACUAGGAAUCUUGUCAAGAUGCCUCCUGUUGUUAAUAUACCCAUUACUCUGACACAGGUAUCAUAGGAUGACCUUGCUGUGGUGACUUUGUUUAGUGUUUUCCUCAGGGUAUAGAAACCUCACUGAUUCCAUAUGCCUGUGUUUUACAUUUUAUUCUAUGUUUGAUAUAUUAGA